AUGAUAGGGGAAACCCAAGUCACUGUUGCAGCCCAUCGAUCUUUAAAUCAUUCUAGAGGCGUUAUAUCGGAACGAGAAUUCCAGACAGACCUUGAGGAAGACAUCCUAAAUUGCCUCAAAGAACAAAAUGUAAUAGCUGUUCGUAGAAUCACGAUUAAAAAAAACAAUCAAAUCCAGCCUACAAAGCACCUUAUCUUAACAUUCAACACUCCUGUUUUACCAAAAUCUGUGAAAAUAGCCUAUAUAAACUGUUCUGUUAAACCAUACAUACCGAAUCCCAUCCGAUGUUUCAAAUGUCAGAAAUUUGGACACACUAUAACUGCAUGCAGGGGAGACAAAGAAAUUUGUGCUCGAUGCUCCCUUCCUGAUCAUAAUAGUAACAAUUGCACUUCGACAACACCAAAAUGUUUCAAUUGUAGCGGUGACCAUCCGGCAUACUUCCGAUCAUGCCCACGUUACAAAGAAGAAAAAGAAAUUCAAACAGUUAAAAUCACAAAAAACAUACCUUUUCCAGAAGCUCGAAAAAUAGUAACAGACAGAACACCUAAACCAGGUCUCUCGUAUUCUGCUGCAUUAAACUCAACAACUGAACGAAAUUCGCAGCCAAUACCUAAACCGACUGUUAAUAAUCCUGUAACACCUUCAAAUACCAACCCAGAUACUGUAACAAUAAAAAGAAGUGAUUGGCUCGCACUUCUUGAGAUAAAAAGAUCAUAUGAAGAAAAUUCCUCCCAGCCUCCUAAAAACGUUAAGCGAAAAAAGAUUUUGAAUAAAGUGAAAGCUCGUCAACAUCUUGAAAAAGAAAAUAAAAAACAUCAAAUCGAGGAAAAGGAAGAACAACUGACAAUUCAUCCAUCAGACGAUUCUAUAAGUAGCAUGGAUGAGGACAAAGUUAAUUCUGAUUCUACUCACAUGACAUCCGAACAUUUUAAAUCAAAAUUUUUUAAAAAACCCAAAUAA